CAAGAAGAAAAGCGAUUGUGAAACAGUGAAGGUAAAUCGAAGGUGAUGAUGGGGGAUGAUGAAUUUGGACAGGAAGAUGAUGAAUUAAGGAACCUUGGAUCGGGGUGUACGAAGGUGGGUGUGAAGAUUCCGGCGGCGUGGAGGAAAUUGGGUGGGUGUGAAGAUUCCGGCGGCGUGUACGAAGGUGGGUGUGAAGAUUCCGGCGGCGUCUGAUAAUCUGAGUUUCAGGUUUUGGUUUCAUCUUAGUGAUGGUGUGUGGUCAUCGUGAAUGGGUGGUUCAGAUAAUGGUUUUAACUCUUCAUGAAGAACUUCUACUUCUCAUGCUCUUUUGCCUAGUUGUGGAAGAAGGCAUGUUUCGAUGCAAUUAUCAAGAACCUUCUUCGGACUAACCAAUCUUCUCUUAAUGGAAGAUGAAGUGAUUGGUGGCAAGAGAAAACAUCUGAAACCAGUCCCUGCAAUCUCAAACGAAGAUGAAGCUGAGGUUGCUUCCUGAAGCGUUUUGGAGAGGAUACAAGGGUUGUUUGUUCUUGAUCUCUCCAACAAUCAGCUCCAGGUUACUUCUUGUUCCUUUUGAAAUUACAAUGUUAUGUUGCAUUGCUGUUUUGGAUCUGUUCUUAAGGUAAAAAAAAAAAAUCUAAGAACUCUAUAUUAGUAACACCAUUGGACAUAUAAAUUGUGAUUAGAAUCCUAAACUAUUCAAAAAAUAAAAAAUAAAACAAAUAAUAUUAAUCUAUUCCUAAGGAUUCCAAUGGUGGGUAACACCAUUGGAGUUGAUCUUAUAAUCUCACACAUCUCUCACGCACGCUCGCUCGCUGGAGUGAGAGAGACCUAAACCCGAUCUGCACCCAAACAAGAAGAAGUGAAGAAUGGCGUCUUCUUCGCUCUCCGUCACGUCUCCGGCUGCUUCCGUCGUCACCCAAACAUCAUCACACUUACCUCUCCCACCAACCUCCCGCCCUCGCAGAGUUUCCUUUCGUCUCUCCCCCAAGCCUAAGCUCCGCUUCCUCUCCAAGCCUAGUCGCAGUAGCUACCCUGUGGUGAAAGCCCAAUCUAACCAGGUUGUUAGCAGUGCCUCAUCAAAUGCUCCUCCAGCUUCUUCAUCAACUGAUUUAGCUACAGAAGAGUCUAUCUCUGAGUUUCUUACCCAAGUAACAACUCUUGUCAAGCUUGUUGAUUCGAGAGACAUCGUCGAGUUGCAGUUGAAACAACUCGACUAUGAACUUGUCAUUCGCAAAAAGGAAGCCUUGCCGCAACCCGAGUCCCCUGCACAAUAUGUUAUGAUGCAGCAGCAACCAAACCAAUCGUCUUAUGUGCAGUCUGUGGCUCCUCCUCCUCCUCCUCCUUCUGCAACACCUGCUGCUGCCUCACCACCAGCGCCUUCUACUCCUGCCUCUUUGCCUCCACCAUCUCCAGCGAAAUCGUCGCUUCCUACUGUUAAGAGCCCCAUGGCUGGCACUUUCUACCGUAGUCCUGGACCUGGCGAACCACCCUUUAUCAAGGUUGGAGAUAAAGUGCAGAAGGGGCAAGUUCUCUGCAUCGUUGAAGCCAUGAAGUUGAUGAAUGAAAUAGAGUCUGACCAAACGGGAACCGUAGUGGAUAUCGUUGCAGAAGAUGGCAAACCUGUUAGCCUCGACACUCCUCUGUUUGUGGUUCAACCGUAGAAUCGGCACCAUUGAGAAGUGGAUAAAAGAGGCUAUUAAAUUCAAUCUCUAUGCUUUUGGUAAAAACUACUUCUUGAGACUCAUGUGUCCUCUUCGUUUGUUACUGUUGAAAAUCUGUUAGCUUUUUUUUUCUUUUGUUAGUUUGAUGAGUGAGUUGGUUAAAGAUGAGAGAGCUCUGUUUUAUUUACGCACGAAUUCUUGGUUCUGUUUUAUUGCAAUUUUCCUAAUCAAAAAUAUAUAGCUAAUUA